GUACGAGUCUUUUAAUGUCACGUGGUUGCCGCCAGUGAUGAUACUUUUUUUUAGAUGUAACUUGUAACUUGUUCCUCUUCCGGAUGACCUUUACGAAUCACGCCACGAUUGACACUUCAGUUUUUCCUUAAAGGACUGAGUAUUUUUAUCAGACAUAAAAAUGGUUAUAAAUGAAGUUGUGUUAGUUUCUGCUGCUAGAACACCUAUUGGUGGUUAUAGAGGUUGUAUCUCAUCAAUUCCAGCAGUGAAAUUGGGAUCUAUUGCUAUUCAAGCAGCAGUUGAAAGGGCAGGAAUUUCUAAAGAUCUGAUUCAAGAAGUGUUUAUGGGAAAUGUUUUACAGGCUUCUUGUGGUCAAGCACCUGCUCGUCAAGCUGCUUUGGGUGCAGGCCUUUCUCAUUCAACAUGCUGCACCACUGUGAACAAAGUAUGUGCCUCUGGAUUGAAAGCAAUAAGUAUUGGGUGUCAAACUUUAAUGUUGAAUCAACAGGAAAUAGUUGUAGCAGGAGGUAUGGAAAGUAUGUCAAAUGCACCAUAUUAUCUGCCUCGUGGAGAUACUCCAUUUGGUAGUAUAAUGUUGAAGGAUGGAAUGGAAAGUGAUGGUUUGACUGAUGCUUAUGGUGCUGGCUCAAUGGGAAACUGUGCAGAAGCCAUUGCAAAGAAAUAUAACAUAUCUCGACAAGAGCAAGAUGAAUAUACUAUAUCCAGUUACAAAAGAAGUGCUCAAGCAAUUGAAUCAGGUGAAAUGAAACAAGAAAUUGUAUCAGUUACAGUUCCUGGAAAGAAAGGGAAACCUGACGUGAUCAUAAGUGAGGACGAAGAGUACAAACGUGUGGAUUAUGAAAAAUUAAAAAGGCUACCUCCUGUUUUUGAUAAAAAUAAUGGUACCGUAACUGCAGCUAAUUCUAGUUCGAUAGCAGAUGGUGCAGCCGCUUGUGUCCUAAUGACAAGAAAUGCAGCUGAUAAGUUAAAUAUCAAACCUUUGGCAAAAAUUAUUGGUUUUACAGAUGCUGCAAUUGAACCAAUAAAUUUUCCUAUUGCUCCUUCUUUUGCAAUAACCAAGUUGUUGGAAAUGACUGGAAUCAAAAAGAGUGAAAUUGCAUUGUGGGAAAUUAAUGAAGCUUUCAGUGUUGUGACUUUAUCAAAUGUGAAAAUACUCGAUUUAGAAUUGGAAAAAGUGAAUACCUGGGGAGGUGCCGUCAGUCUAGGACAUCCUUUAGGAAUGUCGGGUGCCAGAGUACUGAACCAUUUAGCUUUUUCCUUAAAACCUGGCGAAUACGGAAUGGCUGGCGUAUGCAACGGAGGAGGCGGUGCAUCUGCCAUGUUGAUACAGAAGAUGUAAGUUAGAUGCACGUUAUGCUUUUAGGCAUAAUAUAAAAAAAGUUAAUCAUGGGUUAAAUUGUUAUUUUAUAUAUAUAAAUAUAUAUUUACACUUUAUCUUGUCCAAGUGGCAAUGUUUAAAAUGGUAUCUAAUACUUGCAACGCUAAUGUUUUAUCUGUGAUGACAAACUAAAACAUAAUCAAAAAUGUAUUAAUCAAUUAUGUUGCAUAUAAUAUUAAU